UCAAAUAUAUUACAUUUACUCGUGCUGCCGUCAAUGUGCAGGUUGAUACCAUUUGAAAAUGUUAGUUAUUCGUGGGUGAAACUACAUCCAACAUGCCACUUAAAUCUGCUGUCAGUUUGCUACUACUCUACUUCUGUUGUUUCGAUUCCGGAUCCACAAUUGUGACAGUCGACAACGGAAACCUUAAGAAAGAAUGUGACACAGAUGCACCGAUUGUCGUUCCUAAUUUCAAGGCAAACUGGUUCAAGGCAACCGAGUACUGUCACUAUCUGAACAGGAAUCUGGUGGUGCUGACGUCAGCCGAGAAGCAAGAGAUGAUCGGAAAACUGCUGAAGGGUACGGACAAAUUCGAGGGCAAUUCUUUCUGGAUUGGUGGAAGUGAUUUAGCUGAAAUAGGGAACUUCCAUUGGCACUCGACCGGGAGUCGAUUCGUAUGGCACAAUUGGAACGAACUGCUACCGGUUCCGGUGGCGAAUGAUGGUCGCAAGGACAAUCGAUGUGUGCUGCUGCUGAACGCCCAAUCGGAAACGGUCGGAUUCAAGUGGAUGGUUGUCAACUGCUGGGAUGAGUAUUAUUUCGUUUGUGAGAUGGAAGUUCGUUCAUAAGGAUGUUGUUGAACUCAUUACCAUUCAAACUAGUUAAUAAUACAACUAUGUUUUGAAACAUUGGGUAUUUGACUGGAAGUCCACGUCCGAAAAUAUUCCACUUUCGGUCAAGCACGCAGCACUUGUAAAAAUUACACUACUACACAACAACAAAAAUAAUUGUAACAAUCGCGAUGUGAUUAUCAAUUGAUGUGCGAAAAAUUUAGAAUAAAUA